CCCAGUGUAGCGAGUUGCGGCGGGUCACGUGUCCAGCGGGGGCUCAGCUGAUGGCAGGAGAUGAUGGACAUAAACAGCAGCUUAGAUGGAGCUGCUGCAACAACUGCCGGCAUCGGUGUGGAGGUGAUGCAGGUGCAGCGGGGCAUAGGAGACACGGGUUUCUGGGCUGAUCGUACACCCGUACAUGAAGCAGUCAAAGGCGACCAGGUGCUAAAGCUGCAGCAACUGAUUGAACAGGGAGCCUGUGUGAACGUGGUCACUGUCGACUCCAUUACCCCCCUGCAUGAGGCCAGCCUCCGGGGACUGCUGCAAUGUGCACAGAUGCUGCUUGCUGCUGGAGCGGAGAUCGAAGCCAGAAACAUAGAUGGAAGUACUCCACUUUGUGAUGCCUGUGCUGUAGGAAGUAUAGAAUGUGUUAAGUUGCUGUUGAGCCACGGAGCCAAUGUGAAUCCACUCAACUUUACAGUCUCACCAUUACAUGAAGCUUGUAUGAUCGGCAGUGCCGAGUGCAUGAGGCUGCUCAUCGAUGUGGGUGCAAACCUGGAGGCUUAUGACUGCCACUUUGGGACCCCGCUGCACAUUGCCUGUGCUAGGCCACACAUCGAUUGUGCAAAGGUCUUGCUGAAUGCAGGGGCAAAUGUGAAUGGAGCGAAACUGCAUGAAACAGCUCUUCACCUUGCAGCCAAGGUGAAGGAUGUGGAUCUGAUCACAAUGCUCAUCGACUUUGGAGCCAACGUUUACGGGAGAGACAACCAAGGCCGGUCGCCGCUGGAGCGCACGCUGUCAGGAUCGCCUUCUGCAGAGCGCCUGAAAUAUUACCAGAGUACACCAAUGAGCUUGGCACACUACUGCAGACUGACCCUGAGGAAAGUCCUUGGUCCACGAAGAUUAAAAUCCAUCCACCAGUUAAACAUCCCUCCAGGACUCAUCGGCUAUCUCUGCUACGACUGAACAAAUUGUACAUCAAGAGCCACUUCAACACGUUGAUGAACUUCUUUGAGAAUUAAAUGCCCCAUCUUUUCUUUUUUUUUUUUUUUUCCAUUUGCAACUCCAAGACAUUGAAUGCUUGUGGAAGCAUAGAGAUUCUCGGCACAGAAUGAGGCCGUUCGUCCCAUCCUGUUCAUGCCAGCUUCUUAAAAGAUCUCCCAUUGUAUGCUGUUUGCUGACUCUUGCAACCUUCCAACGGAACGUAAAGGUUAUCGCCCCAAACCAGCAGCGCUCAAGUUAAAAAGCUAUUUCUGUUUGGCAUUGCUGACAUCUUGCUGGUUGGCAAGCAGAAAGUUCCCUCGACCUACUGCCUCGUUGAUAUUAAAUUAGACAUGCCAGAUUUAAAUAUAAGUUUAUGAACUUGUUGCCAUUGAAUUCUGCCCUUUUUAUUUUAUUCUCUUGACAGAAGUGAGACUGUGUCAAAUAAACUGGAGCCUGGGAAUUUUCAUUGCAGACAAUGUAUAAACAGAAUUUUCUGUCUCGAGAAAUGGCAAAGCAAACAAAGGCUAUUUAGGGAGUUUAUUUAAAGAGAACUGUUAAACGUUGAGUCUGUGACUGUACGGGUAGUAACUUAGUCUGAGCGAAAGCAGAAUGAUUUUUUUCUGAUAAGAUACAGUCAGUAAAGGAUGGGCUAAGAUUGUAAAUUAUUUCAAAAAAAUCUGUGUGCAGUUUGCACAU